AUGCCCAUUCCAUACCAAGUCGCUUACAAGCCAUUGAGCAAGCCCGAAGUAGGCGUCAAUGGCUAUGUCGAGCCUACGCCCGGCAAGUCAGAGGUUCUAGCAAAGGGGUCGGCACCUUUCAAUGCGCGAACGCUCGACUCGGACGUUCGCAUCGAUCAUGACGUGGAGAUUGUUGUUCGCGACGGCUGUCGUUUAUACGCCGACAUCUACCGACCUACAGAUGACGAAAAUAUCCCCGUCAUCAUCUCCUGGUCACCUUAUGGGAAAAAGUACUCCGCCCUGGAGAUGAUUUUCAAUGUCUGCACCUGGGCUUGCUGCAUGAAGCGCGAUGAGGUGAGCGGACUCGAGAAGUUCGAAGGGUUGGAUCCAGCUUGGUGGGUGGCACGCGGGUACGCCAUUGCCAGCGUCGAUGUGCGCGGUGCUGGCAACAGCGAUGGUGAUACACCUUGUAUGGGUCAGCAAGAAGCCGAAGAUGCCCACGACGUGAUUGAAGCUCUCGCAAAGAUGUCUUGGUGCAAUGGAAAUGUCGGCAUGGCUGGCAACUCCUAUCUCGCUAUCAUGCAGUGGCACGCCGCUGCUCAAAAUCCACCCUCGCUCAAGGCCAUUGCGCCCUGGGAGGGAUCUGGUGACAUCUUCCGUGAGCAAUUCUGUCGUGGUGGCUGGUUCAACAUGAGUAAUUACGACCUGAUCACAACUCUUGUGAUCAAGGGCCAGCACGGCGUGGAGGACUUUUCAGAGAUGUACCGCCGCAAGCAACAAGCCAAUGUAUACUGGGACGACAAGCGCGUGGACAUGAAAAAGAUCAACAUCCCCUGCUUCAUCACGGGAUCCGACUUUAGUCAAAUUCAUACCAUGGGCGCUGUUCGAGGCUGGAUGGAGGCCAACACCGACAAGAAAUGGAUCAAGUGGAGUGGCUACCAGGAGUGGUUCGAGCUGUACUCGGAGCCGGAAAGUUACCAUGAGCUGAAGAAAUUCUUCGACAAGUACCUCAAGGGAAUCGAUAACGACUGGGAGAAGACACCCAAGGUUCGCUGGGCUACUCUUCCCUUUGGCGACCGGGACGUCACCAGCGACAUCGUGCUUCCCGACUUCCCUGUCCCCAACACUGACUACCGCACUUUCUAUCUCGCACCCAACGGUACCCUCUCGUCCGAGUUGCCCCGUGAAACAAACACAUCUGUCCACAACUCAGAAGACCGAUGGUCCAUCUCCAAGUUCAAGUACACUUUCUCCCAAAAGUCCCGGUUGAUCGGUUUGCCCAAGGCAGAGCUGUACAUGAGCUGCAAUGCUCUGGAUGACAUGGUUGUCUUCGUCCAGCUCCGAAAGCUAGACAAGAACGGCAAAGAGCUCUCUCAGCUCCAGUUCCCUUUCAGCCGCGCCCCUGUCGACUCCAUUGACGAGAUCGCCGAGAAAGACCGCAGCAGUCUCACCCUGCACAAUGGAUCAAUCGGUAUCCUGCGUGCCUCUCAGCGAAAGAUUGACCCCUCCCGGUCCAUUCAUCCCCAGUUCCCCUUCCAUCCUCACGACGAAGUGCAAAAGGUGCCCAAGGGGGAGAUUAUCAAAUUGGAGAUUGGCAUCUGGGCAAUGGGCGUGGACUAUGAGGAGGGAGAAAGUAUUCAAGUGGAUGUUCUGGGUCAGUGGCCUGGUUUCACAGAGGUGGCUGCUUUUAGCAAGCCUCGACCGGAUCAUGAGAAGAACAAGGGCGAGCAUGUGAUUCACUUUGGCGGUGAAUAUCCCAGCCGGGUGAUCUUGCCGUUUGUGCCAAUGGAGUAG